CAAUAUUCCAACUUUUCCUAUUCUAAUCAACUCUCUCAUCAAUUUCAAAAAAGUUUAUCUCAGAUCUAUGCCAUUUUCCAAUAACACAGUAAAACAUACAUGUUUCUGCAGCUCAAUUUCUAGGCUGAUUAUUAUGAAGUUGAUAUGGUUUGAUGCACUUCUUCUCCUUCUUCUUCUUCAGCUUCUCUUUAGCAAGGCAGCAUCAGAGUUCAAUAUAGAGACUCUUCCGGGUUAUUCGGGUACUCUGCCUGUCAAACUCGAAACAGGAUAUAUUGAUGUGGGAGAAACUGAAGAAGUGCAAAUAUUCUACUAUUUCAUCGAGUCCGAAGGCAAUCCUAAAACGGACCCUAUUCUGCUUUGGCUCACGGGUGGACCUGGUUGCUCUGCUCUCUCCGGCCUCUUUUAUGAAAUCGGUCCACUAGCUUUUGAUGAUGUAGAUUUUGAUGGAAGCUUACCAUCUAUUCACCAAAAUCCAUAUUCAUGGACCAAGGUUGCCAAUAUUAUAUUUAUUGAUUGGCCUGUUGGCACUGGAUUUUCCUAUGCAAACACAUCGAAAGGUUACUCUUCUUCAGACACCAAAUCAGCAAAAGACAACUAUACAUUUCUUAGAAAGUGGUUGUCGAAUCACCCUAUGUUUAUGAAAAAUCGUUUAUAUAUUGCCGGGGACUCUUAUGGUGGCAAACUGGUUCCCAUGGUUGCCUUGGAAAUAUUAAAAGUUGUAAGUGUUGCUGGUAAUGCAGGCAAUGAAGCAGGGUUCCACCCACGAAUAUUUCUCCAAGGAUAUAUUAUUGGGAAUGGAGUAACAGAUCCAAACAUUGAUUACAAUGAACGAAUUCCAUAUGCUCACCGAAUGGCUCUUAUACCAGAUGAAUAUUUUGAGUCAGCAAAAAUUAGCUGUGAUGGGAAAUAUUACAAUCCUGAUCCAAAAAAUCUACAAUGUCUUUAUGCUCUUAGACCGAUCCAAGAGAGUAUAAAAAAUGUAAAUGGAGGACAUAUUCUGGAACCAAAAUGUAAAAUUAUAGCACCAAAACCAGAUGAAUUGGGAUGGGAUCAAACACUUGUCGAAGAUGAUUCCAUUGACCACCUCUUCCUUCCAUCCAAAAUAGAUGGAUUGUGGUGCCGCCCUCAAACUUACGCAACGUCAUAUAUUUGGGCAAAUGAUCCAAUCGUCCAAGAAGCUCUUCAUAUUAAAAAGGGAACAAUAACAGAUUGGACGAGAUGCAAUCACAGCUUAUCCUAUGAACAUAAUAUAGAAAGUGUUGUUCAAUAUCAUAAAAUCCUUAGCAGGAAAGGAUAUGAAGCUUUGGUAUAUAGUGGUGAUCAUGACAUGGGUGUACCUUAUAUGGGUACUUUAAAAUGGAUUCGUGGUCUCAAUCUGACCAUAGAUGAUGAGUGGAGACCUUGGAAUGUUAACGGCCAAGUUGCAGGAUACACAAGGAAAUACAAGAAGAAUGACUUCUAUCUCACAUUCGUAACGGUGAAGGGUGCAGGUCAUACGGCUCCUGAAUAUAACCCUGAACAGUGUCUUGCAAUGCUCGACCGAUGGCUCUCUUUAUAUCCUUUAUAGGUUUAGGUUGAUGACGAAGUUUUAAGGGUUCAUCCAUUACAUCUUUUUAACACGGUAUUGUCAUUAUACAAUCUGUAAUUGUUUAUUCAGUUAAUAAAACCAAUGUAAUGUGAUAA